AUGCAUCUUAUAACGUUUUCCUCGUCUUUAGUGGAGCAUUAUUUUUUUGAUGGCUUGAACUCUUCCUCUGCGGCGUACUUCUGUAGAAGAUCGCUUCACAAAUUCAGAAUGAUGAAAACUGAUGGAUAUGUAUUCCUGUUUAUGCAUUUGGUGCUUUGA